CCUUGAGUUGCGGGAGUCCUGGUGUACUGGGCGCAAGCGUAGAAUGUACGAGAUAUUAGAGCAGCAAUUUCGUUCAUUGGCUACGGACACCUCGCCAUCAAAGUUGACAUCAUAACCAAGACGGAUUGACAUGGCUUUUCAAGUCUGCAGCAGAUGUCGGAAAAGAAGAAUACGAUGUGACCGUCAGCUACCGGCCUGCAAGAACUGUCGAUUGGCUGAUGUUGAUUGUACUUUUUGGGAUGACUCUCUCGGCGAGGAGAUACCAUGCAGGUCAGUGUAUAUCUGUAGCUCGAUGUUCGAAUCAAUCAUUGUUACCUUGAAUCCAGUUACCUACACUCGCUCCAGCAAAAGGCUGAAGGCCUAGAGCGAGAGAUUGCGCAGGCCACAGGUCAAGAACGUUUGAUUCCAGGAGCCACCUGUUACGAGACUAAUGCCACAACUCUUGCUCCACAUAGCUAUCAUUUGCGAGUUGAGGACAGUGAUGGUAUGCUUUCGCCUUCACACACUGCUUAUCUAGGCCCUGGGACCUCAGCAAGACUUAUCCAAAGCUUUUUGACAAGAACGGCCAAUUGGCAUUUAUCCAACAAUGUUCAAAUCCCAAGCUGCCUACUUCCAGAUCAUCGAUCUCACCUGAGUGAGCUUCAAGAGUCUAAGACAGCGUCUUCAUUCCCUAUCAAUAAUGAUCCGAGGAAGGUGGAGCUUCAUUCUAUUGUGCCACCUUCAACUCAGCGGGCAAUGAUCGAGCAUUACCUCAAGGUUGUGGUAUCGGAAUUUAAGCUACUUCCCACAGCCCAGGAAUCAUCUUUGCUGAUCCACGAAAACCCUCUGAAAUGGACCGCUUCGAAUAAAGGUGAUCCUUCGGCAUCCGCACUGAUAAUCGUAUUUGCUGUGUCUGCUGCACUGAUCACUCGAGAUCUUGAUGUUAAUCUGGCGAUUGUCUCCUUACGAAGCAGAGACGACAUUCACAAGUUGGCUCUUGAAGACGGGCCGAAUCCGGCCCAGCCAAGUUCUACGAAAUGGAAAUGUACCGCCUUGUGUGCCCUUGCCCUGUGCGAGUUAAUCUGCCCUACAUCCGGACAACUUUGGGACUUUUUGGGAAGAGCUGCUGCAUCAAUGGAAGACCUGCAAGAAGGCUACAAAUUUGAGCGGUCGACCUUGGACACGGACCUGCGAAGGUUGGAGCAUACGAUUCUCAAAUUAGAGAGCUUGGCCACAACACAUUUCAGACGUCCGUCACUGUUCUUUGAUAUUCGGCUACAGCUAUAUCUCGAAGAUAUCCCUACGCUCGACUUAGUCUCAGACGAGCUAUAUGUUGCAGGCUGCCUGCGUAGCAUUUCACACGCGCUCGGGGCUUUGACUGCUCCGAAUGAAGUAUUUCUCGAGGGACUGAUCCCAUUGUCACUCCAAGUUACAGAUCCCAGCUCGGGCAUUGGGCUUGCUUCCGCAAAACUUUACCUGGCCUUGCAUUGUCUUCUCACCAAUAUAGACACGCCGCCGGAGAGUGGUAUCUUUGACAUUCCUUCGCCGAGGAUGGUUCACAUUAUAGCCCAGUCCGCAUCAGUGAUAAUUGAUCGCUUCACUCAACUUAACGAUAACAAUAGGAUCAUUAGCAUCUGGAUGGCCGCUGAGCGGGUUCUUGAAGCUGGCGCCAUAUGGGUGAUCAGUCUUGUCCACCAACAACAAUCAUAUGGCCAGAGAUCACAGAGUGCCGCUGGAAUCCGUGCGACCCUGAGUCCAGUGGUGAAGGUAUCCAGUCUUUUGGCGUCAUUUGCAGCUCGCUGGACUCCUGGUUCUGCACACUUGAGCACCUGGGAGACCGUUGUUGAUUUACUUUGGGCAAUGGUGUGAAGCUACCACAGACUGUUGUGGUAAUGAAAUUUGGACAAUUUCCCAGAGACUCAAGGCGCGCAAUUCAAGGUUCUUACAACGACGCAUCUCCAUAGCAGGUCAACAAAGUCAGGUCAGGAUCUCGCGAAUGACUUUUUCAAAAUUCUACUGAAAUGACCAUUCUACUACUGGUAGAGCAUCACAGGGCCUACCAAUCAACACUCUCCCUGUGCGGCUCGUCAACUCCAUCAUGAUGCACGCGAGCGUGGUCAUUCUUUCCAUUCCCGCCGCUCCGGGAGGCCUAUCCCUGCAAAUCGAAAAUGGCGCUCCCUCUUCAUCUGAAAGUCUCUCACGGAAGGAUCGAAAUGUCGUUGGAACAUUUGUGUUCAAAUCUUCGUCAGUCAACUUUUGCAUGCGAGCUAGGCGUGUGAUCGAAUUGGGAGCAGGAUGAUCCACCAAGUUAGCAGGUCGAUCCGCACCGUACAGAUGAUUUGUGUGUGCCACAUAUCCAUUGCAGGGCAAUAUCACUGUGUUCCCUUUUGGCGAGCACUCGAUGUCGAGAUGCUUACCAGACUUGUCGGCAAACAUGUAGUUGGACGUGCUGGCCAAGCCAAACUCAUCGAUAAUUGCAACUGCCUCGUCGACGCUUGUGGCAUACUGCAGCAGGCGCCGGGACAUGAUGUGGACUGGCAGUUUGAGGUUGUCAAAAGCGCCAGAUCGGAGAGCGUUCAUGCAGAGCCCGAAACCCGCACUGUUCAUGCCGAUCUUGCCUACAAUGCCUGCCUCCCCCAGGAACUGGAAUGCAAUAUCUGAUCCUCGAGGCUUGACAUGCAGAAAAACCAUGCCUCUUUGAAGUUCCUCGAGCCAGUCCCAGUUUUGGGCUAGGAAUAUCUUGCCUCCCUCUCCAAUCUGGCUGAUCGAGGUACAACCGUCGGCGUAGUUGGUCAGUGAAAUCUCACUGCGCACGUUGAGGGCUAGAAUAUCUUCAUAUGUCAGGCCACCCCCCGCGCCAUCAGCGAUACCUCUCAUCUCAUUGAGAAUCUCAGGAUACCUGGCUUUGAGGGUCGGUGCGAAUUGGCCCACAGCACGUUCUCGUGCUGCCGGCCACGAAAUCUGAGCAGUCUCCUCAAAGAAUCCGGUAUAUGUGUUGAUGUUGGCAUGGACUUGAGCGGCAGCACCUCUACCAUGUUGAAGCCCGAUCUCAUACGAGGUGCCUGAGCAACGGAUUGCCUUGACAGACGGAUGGUCCAUUGUGAUUUCGCUUCGCUGUAUUAGUUUCGAAAAUGAAGAGGAAAUUAGGGAUUGCUCUAGUGGGCAAAGAUCACUUGCAAAGCGUUACAGCAAAUCACCGACGACGUACCUUACAUUAUUAUACACAAGGAAGUCACUUGUUACAAUCCCGAAGAAAGUAACCUUACGGUAUCUUUCUCGCCGGCAGCAGACGGACGGGGCUCGCCGAAUAUCUGGUUGGACUUUCGCUAGAGUCCGUGUCCUCUAUGCUUCGCAGAGUGAGCAUGCCACAAGUAGACCUCAAAUCAAUGCUGUGUAGAGCCGAAGACUCGAAUGAAUUGAUCAGAC